ACGUCACAAUUUUCGUCCUAAUUUCGUAUAAGACACAAACACUGUAAUAGUUCUGCACAUUGGGACGAACUGACGAGGAUACACACGAUGAUAUCGCAAUUCACUGCAGUCCUGCUCUUGGGUAUUCUGUCUCCAGUACUUAGCACAAAUACAGAUGCAUGUUUUACGGAUAUCCAUCUUUCCAGCGUUAUGGAAAAUAUAACUUCUCCGGGAUUCCCGUCGUCGUAUGGCCCUAAUAUAUCUUGCGAAUGGAGGAUUCAUGCAUCGUCACCGGAACAUCUUGUGGGCAUAAACUAUUUUGCAUCCUUGGAUUAUUCGUAUCUUUGCCAACGUGACAUUUUGUCCUUCUAUGAUGGACCAGAUAAUUCAAGUGAAAUACUGCUGGAGCUGUGUGGCGAUGACAUUAUGGCGAAUGUGGGCAGUGUCAUAAGCGGUGGACCCACCAUGUACAUCCAUUUUACUACCGGUGCUGUAACUAAUGGACUACUUUUUCUGCUAAACAUCACUGACGUUGAAAGAUGUGACGGGAACUUAACGGCAACUGAGGAAGGAAACUUUACAUCCCUUGGUUUGAAUAACACCUACUUUACUAACCAAAAAUGCACAUGGAUUAUAACAGCGGAAAACGAAAAUGAUACAGUCAAAGUGACAAAUAAAGAACAACUGCGGUCUCUUUCAACUCGGUGCAUGCAUGAUGUCGUUAGUGUUUAUGACGGUAACACAACUGAAGCUGGCCAGUUUCUUGGUGAUUUGUGUUCAACCGUGAAUUGGACAUACUACAGCUCAGGUAACACACUGUCGGUGGUGUUUGAGAAAUUGACCAGUGAGGGUGUACAGCUGGAGUAUACAGCAAUACCAGAAAGGGACUGUAAUAGGACAUAUUACAUACGUAACACUCCUAUUUAUAUCCAGUCACCCGGAUACCCUGAUUCCUAUGACAGCGACCUGGAAUGUGUCAUAGUAAUCAUCGACCAGAUGUACACACCAAACUUGAAGCUUGAUGUCGUUAAUGUAGAUCUAGAGGGAGACUACCCACUGUGCGAUAAUGACUCUGUAACCAUUUUUGGAGGGGAUCGUGGAAAGUAUCACCAUAUUGGCGAGUUUUGUGGAAAUUCAUCACUUUCUCCGGUUGGUCCCUACUAUUCUAACGGAAUGAUCAUGAAACUGGUGUUCAAGUCCAACAGUGAUACCAGCGGGGCGGGAUUCCAAGCUGUUGUUUCUCAUAGUUACAGACGAGUGGUACCUUACCAGUCAGAAAAUUGUGGGCCCAGAUAUCUCACUGCAGCCACACAUCCAAAAUUCCUCAGUUCCCCAGGAUAUCCUGUACUUCCAAGCAACGCCGAAUGUAUCUGGAUAAUAAAGGCCUCGGACCCAAACAUGACGGUGCGGAUAGACGUAAUUGACUCAAAUAUUCAGGCUGACGGUCCUUUUCAAAUGUUCUGCUUCAGCAGUCGUGUCAGCGUCCACGAUGGACCUUCGAUCUUUAAUACUACUCUUAUCUCCUGGUGCGGCAGUUCAAGACCGAUUCUGCAGAGUAGCGGACCAGCCAUAACGGUCGAAUUCUAUGCAGACAAUACAUACAAUAAGAAAGGUUUCGAACUAAAAUAUUUUGCAACUAACGAGACUGAUAGAUGUGGAGGUGCAGUCAAUAUCACGACGGAUAAGGAAACGAAUUUGACAGUGCCGUACAGACCUUCCCAAGACUGCGUUUGGACCAUACGUGCCCCGACAAACACAAACAUCCAGGUUACUGUGACUGUUUUGAAUGGGAUUACCUCGUCAUGCAGCGUCAAUUACCUGGAAAUUUACGAUGGUAAAUACGACAACAGCACUUCAACAACCCACGGGAAAUGGUGUGGUGACUCCAACGUCGACUUCAUCAGCUCCGGAAAUGUCAUCACCGCCAGGUUCCACACCCGCGCAGCUAACAGAGGAUUACAAAUGAAUCUUAAGGCUGGUCACUUUAGUGCUUCAGUGAAGAAGAGUCUGUCAGCUGAUUAUUGGAACCAAUACAUUACUUCCCCAAAUUAUCCAUUUAAUUACCCGAGUAAUGUCGAGUCAACGUGGAAGAUUGACGCAGGUGCAGGUUAUCACGUGUACAUCAACGUUGUCGUCUCAACACUGGAAUACUCUGAUGGUUGUCAAAGUGACUACAUGGAAGCGUUUAACGGCGCAGACUCCAGUGCCCCCUCUCUAGGACGCUGGUGUGGAAGCAGUGAACCAAGCAAAACGAGUUCAGGCUCUCUCAUGUUCCUGAAAUUCAAGUCGAAUUCCCAUACAGUCGACAGAGGUUUCAGGAUCUCAUAUUCUGCAGAGAUGGACCUUAUUGACUUUUCAAGUCCCACAAGUACCUGGAGAGUGAAAGCUAUAGUUGGAGCUUCCUUAGGGGGUCUAAGUGUUGUAUUAAGCGUACUGGGCGCAAUAUGUAGAAUUUGGGCGAGAUCAUCCGCUGCCAGCAGUCAACCGGUCGCCAGCAACAAUACAGACCAGAGACCUAUGGACGCAAUCAUUCCCCCAGCAACGUACUCCAGUCCAUCAACGUUCAAUAUGGAACCUGCGUCAACCAAAUUUUGAAUACCCUCAGAGAGAUUUGUAUUUAAAAUGUAGGGAAAAGGAAAGUAUCAACCCAUGCGUGGUGGUAGCUAAUUUAAAAUAACAAACAAACAUUUCUUAGAUGGCGAUGUGUAGUAUACAGUUACAAUAAAUGUGCAUUCUAUGUGAGUUAUAUCAACGAGUAUCUCACAACAGAUGACCUGCGCACGGCGUGCUUAUAUUCUUCAAUUUCCAGGCACACAAAAAUGAACGGAGUGUCCGUUUGAGUUGGGUUCACAGAUACCAGUCAUCCUUAAUAGAGAAUAUACCUACCGCUAGCACCAAUGAACGCCUCCUCAAUGUCGGCAGCCUCGUUUUGACGUUAAUAGGAUUUCGUUGCGGCUCGUCCUUCCGUGCAAUUGAUGACUCGUCCUGUUCCGGCAGUUAGGACGAUCCCAAUGUUUAUGGUUAGCGGGUGGGGUCGGAGAAGAUGAAAAAGUCUAUCCGGUGAUCAUGAUGCUAUGAAACGAAAUCUUUGACCAUUCUUGCAAUAUAUGCAAUAAUGCAGUCGUGGUGGUUCUUCUUGUCGUUGGCGUACGACUGUAAAACCACGGGUUCAAGAACAUCAUCUCUAUCGGAUGCCCCGGACGAUUGUACGUGCCCACAAUUGGUUGCGACAUAUUCCGGCAUCGUAUGAAUGCACUUCUUGAAAGCAGCUCGCUAAUUCUUUCUACCCCAGAGGGACAUACACCCGCGCACGACCAUCAUUACGGAGUGAGCCGAAUAUGUUGUGCAAGUAAAUAGCACUGGAUAUGCCAGCUUUGAACUGUCCUUCGACAUUGAUGUUCAUUUGGUCAAGACCAUUCAAAGGAAAAAGCGGUAGGUCCGAAUGCCUACGAAAUGGAGUGGUGGAAGUGCCUUGACUUCGCCGUAACGCCGGUGUUGUUUCAAUUGCUGUGACGAACAUGCUGAGCAAAUUCGUAGUGCGCGAGUUCCUGCCAUUCCGUAUCGGAGAUAUAACAGGACGCCAGAAAUGGGCUUCACACAUUGUACACAUGUGGUGAAUUGAACCCGGGUCUUCUGCGUGACGAGCGAACGCUUUCACCACUAGGCUACCCCACCGCCCCUACAAGCAUAAUAACGUAUUGAUAACGUUUGUAAUAUUUUAGUUCAAUUCCAUUUGCAUAUGUAUACUUUCUCUUACCCGACAAGUUACAACAACCUCUUUGUUCCAAUCCAUUAGAAAAUUUGAAAUUGUAACAAUUUGUCAAUGUAAAAUAAUUCUGAUUAUGAACUGACUUGACACUUAACUUGAAACUGAUUUGAAACUUUCUAUUAGUAGUUGAGUCUAAAGAUAUUUUUAUUUUAAUUUGUAUCUUGUCUGUGAUUUUGGAAAUAAACGGUGAGAAUCUGUACUGCCGUAUGCUUAAAAUUAUUUGAUAAGGGCUGUGUCCUGUGAUCCACAAUUUCUUGAUGGUGAUAUGAAAGGACAAUUUACAUACAUCCAUUCUGACUAGUUCAUAAUGCAGAAACAAUAUUUUGAUUGACAUCUGUGGCAUUUAUGUUUCUGAGAGUAUUGAAGAUCAAUGUGCAUAGUAACUGUAACAUGUAUCAGUGUUUUGUGUGAGCAUUUUGUUGCAAGAAGACAUGGUGACGAUCUGUAAGUAUGAUCCCAGUCAGCUUCUGUAACUGACAUUAGGAGCAAUAUCGGACGCAAUGAAGUUAUAAGCCAAUGCAUUUCGAGUCUUCGUAGAAUUUUAGGGUACUGCAAAAUCCUUACUGCGUGUAUCGGAAUUAUAAUGUUUAGUUGUGCACGUUGAGGUGCAUUUACUUUAUAUUUGUAUGUGUAACAUUUUUACGCCAAACGCCUACUGAUAGAGUUUCUAUAACAACUGAAGUUAAGUCCAUUCUAGCUUGGAACCCGAUUCAUAGGACUUCACAUUUCAGUUUGCAGGGUCCAGUAACGUGUACCCUCUAUCUCACGACAAAAACGUUUCUGAUAACAAUCAGGCAAGAUGGCAUCAGAGAAUGCGAUUACAUAAUGCAAGAGAAGUUAAUCACAGUGAGAUUCGGUCUUAAACAUAAUUCAAUUGUAAUAAUCUGCUAUAUUGUAUGGUCAAAAAUUUGGACAGGAUUCGCAUUAUUUUGCAAGAACAUCAAGUUUGUAUAUAUUGUAUAAACAGAUUAAACUUAUUUAAUUGUCA